AUGCCUUUCUUUGGCCUUGCUGUUGCCGUUCUGCUCUUCUUCAGCUCUCCAACCAGCUCUUGUACAGAACAAGAGAGGAGCUCCCUCAUCAACUUCAUAGAUGGGCUCGUGCCAGGCGGCAACGGUGGUCUCAACGUCUCAUGGGUGAACGGCACAGACUGCUGCAAAUGGGAAGGGAUCGUCUGCAGCACUGAUGAAGUUGUCACAUAUGUCUUGCUGGCUUCCAAAGGUCUCAAAGGGGUCAUUUCGCCAUCCCUCGGCAAUCUUGCUGGACUGUUGCACCUCAACCUGUCCCAUAAUUCACUCGGAGGCAGUCUACCAACAGAAUUGUUGUUCUCCAGAAGCAUUGUUGUCCUCGACGUCAGCUUCAACCGCCUCACUGGUCAUCUGCAGGAGCUGCAAUCCGCAAAUCCUGGCCUUCCUCUCCAGGUGCUGAAUGUCUCAAGCAACUUGUUUACAGAAAAGUUUCCAUCCACAGCAUGGGAAGCGAUGAAGAACCUGGUUGCUCUUAAUGCAAGCAACAACAGUUUUACAGGACAAAUACCAUCUUAUAUCUGCAUCAAUGCACCAUCAUUUGCCAUGCUUGACCUCGGUUACAACCAAUUCAGAGGCAAUAUUCCCCCUGGACUCGGCAGUUGUUCCACGCUGAAAGUGCUCAAGGCUGGCCACAACGACCUUAGUGGAGCUCUCCCUGACAAACUCUUUAAUGCUACUUCAUUGGAGGAACUCUCUCUACCCAACAAUGCAUUGCAAGGAGCUCUUGAUGGUUCCCUCCUAGUCAAGUUAAGCAGUCUGGCUGUCCUUAAUCUUGGAUCAACUGGUCUCAGUGGCAAGAUUCCAGAUUCUAUAGGACAGUUACGAAAACUGGAGGAACUCCACUUGGACAACAACAAUAUGUCUGGUGAGCUGCCAUCAGCACUAGAUAACUGCACAAAUCUUACAUACAUUACCCUCAGAAACAACAGUUUCACCGGGGAUCUUAGCAAAAUCAACUUCACCGUGUUGGAUCUGAGGAUAGCUGAUUUUUCAAUGAACCUCUUCAAUGGUACAAUUCCUGAAAGCAUCUACUCAUGCAGCAACCUCAUGGCGUUGCGGCUGGCUUACAACAGUUUCCAUGGCCAGUUCUCGCCAAGCAUUGGCAAUCUAAGGUCCCUCACCUUCCUGUCACUAACAAAUAACUCCUUUACAAAUCUAACAAACACACUUCAGAUGCUCAAGGGGUGCAAGAACCUCACCACCCUGCUUAUAGGAACAAACUUCAAGGAUGAAACCAUACCACAGGAUGAAACAAUCAAUGGUUUUGAGAAUCUUCAGGUACUUACCAUAGAUGCUUGCCCAUUGGUUGGGGAAAUCCCUUUUUGGAUAUCAAAGCUCAGAAAAUUGAUGAUGAUAGAUUUAUCGUGCAACCAACUCACAGGACCAGUACCAUCUUGGAUUAGUGGACUGCACUUCCUAUUCUUUCUAGAUAUAUCAAGAAACAGACUUACAGGGAGUAUCCCAACUGCACUAAUGAAGAUGCCGAUGCUACUAUCAGAGAAUAAUGCUGCCAAGUUGGAUACGAGAUUCCUUGAGUUGCCUGUAUUUUGGACGCCAUCACGUCAAUACAGAAGUAUUAUUGCUUUCCCAAAAGUAUUGAAUCUUGGCAACAAUAACUUUACCGGUGCAAUCUCCCCUGAAAUUGGUCAGUUGAAAAUGCUCGAUUACCUCAAUUUAAGCUCCAACGGCUUAACUGGUGAAAUACCACAGCAGAUCUGCAACCUCACAAACCUGCAGAUGCUUGAUCUGUCGGACAACCAGCUCACAGGUGCAAUACCAUCUGCAUUGAGUGAUCUGCACUUUCUUUCUGGAUUUGAUGUUUCUAACAAUCAACUAGAAGGACCAGUUCCAUCUGGAGGACAGUUUCAUACAUUCUCAAAUUCCAGCUACAGUGGGAAUCCAAAGCUAUGUGGACCUAUCCUCAGCCUCAACUGCACCUCCACCGCAACAGAUCAAACUUCUACCUCACGGUGGCGCAACAAGCGUUUUGGACUAGUCAUUGGGAUCAUCUCAGGAGGACUCACCGCACUUGGAUUACUUGCAUGCUUCCUGAUUGCGAAAUUGGUGUAUGAUGAUCACACUGAAAGCCUAGUUCUUCUUCAGAGACGGUACUGA